AUGCUGUUGUUACGGUAGUUCAUUUGCCGUUUUCUCAAGCGUUGUCAAAAUCAAAAAUUUCCAAGUGGUUUUUUCCAAAGAACGUCAGGCUCAUGACAAGUUCCAACGAAGCAUAGUUUUGUAGAUUUAUUUGUGUGGGAGCAUGAUCCAACCUAUGAACGAUACGGAACGUGAUUAAAUGGUAUCAUAAUACAAGAUCAAAUAAUUAAAAAAUGAACGUAAUUACUUACGGAUUCUUUAUUUACGUUUGCUUAACCACAAUUGACGGCAUAUCAGCCGUAUCGGUGAAUUCCUCCGAUACAAAGAUUAAUCCAAAACCAAAAUGUGACCUACUGAAUAUUAUCAAUUCUAAAUAUGCAGGCACUUGCGAACAAUCAAAUCAUUCAAUCUAUUUAUGUUCAGCAAUAUACUACACUGCAAAUAGAAUUUGUCAAUCAAUCACUACUUCUAACAUGGAUGUUCUCCCAAAAAAUGAGAAAGAAUUCGAUAGUGAAAUAAGCAAAUCGCUAGAGCAUGACAGUUAUGUAGAACAAUUUUGUAACCAAUUAUCUGAGGUUAUUAGAAGUUCACAAUACAAGUCAGCUAUUAGUUCGGGUGAGGCAUAUCGCAAUGUUGGUGAACUAAAUGAUCGGUUACCCACCAUUUGUCCUACCCUAUGCUUGUUUAUGAAGGGUAUGAAGGAUUUGAAGAUGGAAGUUAAACCGCUGUGCUCCGUGUUAUCAUGGGUGAAUCAACUUCUAGUUAAUCUCGCAGUACCUGAAAACCCAGGCAAUACUCAGGUAACUUCCGAAAUGAUAACCAGUGACAAAGCCCAGGCUAAUGAACCGCAACCUAAAAAUAUGGUCGACUCUAGCCACUCAGAAAAUUUCAACAAUCACCCUAACGCCUCGUUAUCUAACAAUAAAAUGUCAAAUGCUGGUGGCGCAACAAUAGGUGCAACUGUGCAACUAGCCCCAAAAACUCAUGAAGUUUCAAUGGCAAAUAAUAGUAAAACUCAGCAUGGCAGUAACAUAGCUUCAACAUUGAAUAAUGUCGAGGAGAUACCUGUACCUGUGACAAAACCACAGAAAUUAGAGGUUUUAGACACAAUUCUGCCAAAAUCAAAAGGUUCAGGUGCAAAUGCACCGAAUGAUAACAAAGGUUUGAAUAUAAUUAACAUAAACAAAGUCAUAGAUAAACCAACAUCUGAUGCAAAGUCCCAGACUUCAAGUAGUCCUUUGUCAGUGGAUAAAACUAUGGAAGCCUCAAAGCCAGGAAAUGUAGAUACAGACCAGAAUUACGAUGAUGAUGGUGCACUGGAUGGUAGUAAGGAUCAGAAUUAUGAUGGAGAUGAGGAUCCUAAUGAACUUCUGAAAGAUACUUCGGUCCAGUCAAAUCUACCAGAACCACCAGAAAUAAAAGACCUUAACGAAAAACACCUCCGAUAUAGUCCAGGAGGCAUGAAUUUGGAAGAAGAUGAAUCUCAUUUUUUUGUUUAUUUCAUGGUUUUAUCCCUUGUAUGUCUUAUGGGAUGGGUGGGAUACCACAACAAAAAGAAGAUAAUGGCAAUUGUCUUGGAAGGUAGAAAGUCGCGAGGAGAACGAGGCAGAAGAAGGCCAAAUACAGCAGGGUACCGGAAGCUUGACUGUACCCUGGAAGAAGCGGUUACUUCACAAUGUAAUUCCAAUGUUACUCAUGUCAUAUACUGAUUCUGAAGUGCGUGUGAGUAUGCGUAAUGAUUAUGAAACAUAAUUAGCAUCAUCCGUCAGAUUCUUGUACCAUAGUCCCUUGAAUCAAGGUUAAUUGUCUUGGCUUGACUUGCAGCAUCUGACUUUAUUGCAACUCAGAUAGUCUUUGAUUCCGAUUUAUCUGAUGCACAUUAUUACCCGGCAAAAACACCUCUAAGUAAAUGAUAUUUUGACCGGGAGAGAGUUUAUUUUUUGAUCCCCGAUGAUCUGGCUGGAAAUUAGUUGUUCCAAAAAGGUAAUCAUGUUAGCAAUCUGUCAAACAUUUACCUCCAGUUAUAUAUUCAAUUGAUAUUUUUUAUGCCGUUAUUUUUUUUCAACCCAUACCGAGGCAGUAUAAUUUUAUAGACACGCGAUCGCGUAUACUUAUAAGAAUUUAUUGUACUAACAACUUUUCGGUUGAUUGUGACGGGUUGUGGAAUUGCUACAAUUUUGAAUGUAGCGUUUAAGUCUUCAUAAUGAUAUCACUGUCAAUAUUAGUAAAAAGAAGUAAGCAUACAGCGAUAUUAUAGCAUUUUUUAUGCGGAUCUGAUCGUCUGACUUUUGCAGUGACAAUGAGGUUUUAAUUCGCCUAUUUGAUACCUGGAAUUAGACAAAUAUAAUGUUUCCGGUGACAUUGCACAACGCUCAUGUUGAAAGCCGGGCAUCGUUGAGAUAUUACAUUGAUAUAAUCGAUGCUUGUUACAACAUGAAUUACAUACAUAUAUAGAAAUAUAAUAAUAAUAAAAGCGUUAUUCGGAAUAAAUAAAUUUUUUCACAUUACUUGAUAUUGAAGAAUUGUUUCAUUCGAUAGAAGAGGACAAUGGUCGCAUUAUUGAUCACAGAUCAGCAAUAUUUGGUAAUAAUAAUUUAUUUAUAUUUUUUUAAUUAAUACAUAUAGUAUCUUGUAGACAUUCAACUUGCUGCGCUAAUUAGCAUCAUAUCAGAGCUCCGUAAUUACAAAUAUUAGGUAUCAAAAAUUUCAUAAUGCGGACAGCGAUGAAUGUAAAUAUACAUAAAAUUUUAUUACACUGGAUACACCUAUUGUUUAUUUAACAAUCUUUCGGAUCAUAGUUGAGGACUGUUUUGAACUUCGUGUUAUGUCUACGUUAUUGUAUCGUUUUCGGUUCAAUCCAUCAUUUUACAAGCUGAUAAAAUAAGCUCACCGAUAAUUUCUUUUUAUUUAUCUUCAAUUAGGAGAAUAAUAGAAUAGCAUCAAUACACCGCAAUCAAUGGCUCGUGUUGAAUGCUGUAUUUCAUAAGCGUCCAAACUUGGCAUUUUUUAUCUCAGAUCCGCGAAGUUCUUAAUAAAGUGAGCUGUAUCAAAAUUAACCGAACUUUCGUCUUAUAGCGAAUAGGUAUUCACUUGAUUCCGGUGAAAUAAAAUUCUCACAGUUAAAAGUGACUCUUUUCAGCUGAUUAACUAAUCUUGUGUUCAUUGUUAAUUCGCGGUGUUUUGAUGCUACCCCAUAGAGACGGAUAUUCGCUUUUGGAAUAAUGAAUGUCUGAAAGCUUUGUCCAUUGAAAAGCACUCGAUCAUUAUUGUUGAUCGUCAGAAGUGCUAUUAAUGUUGAUGAAUUUAAGGAUUGUAAUGAAGAGUUGAGAACAGUGAUGAAAAAUCAGCAAUAAUGAAGUAAAAACAACACAAUGAAUGUUUUCUUUUAGUGUUUAUAUUAAAAAAAAAGUUAAUAAUUA